UCUAGUCAGCAUCAUCACGGUGAGGUGCACAAGUCCUUCGGGUGCAAGUGUACCGAGUGGUGCAAGUGUCAGAGAAUUCGGAGGUAAUCGAAAACUGGGGUGAGAAAACCAGAGAAAUUUGGGAAGAGCGGAAUCAAUGGCCUCCGCCUGGUGGAGGGGCUGAUUGUCCUCUGGAUGUUGGUGAAUCCUCUGAAUGUCCGUCAUCAUCGUCAUGGAUUAGCGUCACACGGUCGUCAUCAUCGCGCAGCUCCACCAGCCCGCCGACAUGUAACUCUCCAUCAGCCCGCGAUUAUCCAACCGGACAUCCGUUGAACGACUGGGUCAAGGCCCCGCAAUAAUGAAAAAUUCACUUCUCAAUCGGGCACGAGGUGCCCCAAGCCUCCACUCGUCCCGCAAUCACAUCAAUCCAACCGUGACUGACUGCCACCUGUGACCAUCCACCAGUAUUGGCUAUCACCCGGUCAUACCCACUUCCUCGAAGUGCACGUGAAAAUCGGUAGAAGAACGACGUGGGCAAGGCGGAAGCGGAAGAGACGGAAAAAAGUUGGUGGGGGUUGAUUUUUUUUUCAAGUGUCAGUGCAGAAGAAAUAUUGACCCAUGGGGGGGGGGGUUAUGUGAGAUGAUGCGAUGGCACUGCGAGGGUGAUUGGAAAUUCCUGCAGAGCUGACUCGGGGUCUAGUUUCGUCUCCUUUAUUUGUCUUUCAUUUAAUCCUCCCUUUAAGCGAGUAAAAAUGUCUCCCUUCUCGUUUCACCUGUCUCACGUGGAGAUAAAAGUGCGGGGGCUGGGGGUUUAAAGUGGACGGGAUAAAAUCACGUGAGGCUCGACGGCAUUGUAAAUUAUUCUCGCACGAGAAUUUCCGCAAGGGGAGGACACGACCUCGUUCAGUCUGUACUCCAGUUGUUUCGCUUUGUUUCCCUCUGUCACUUUUAUUUAUUCUUUUCAUUUUUUUCCCCCCUCGUCUCGUCCCUUUGACCGACGGUCAUUCUUCCCCCCGGGGGUGACGGUCAUAAAUCCAUAGGUUGAGCGGAGAAUUCUGGACUCUGCAAUUUAAUGAAAACGAAACAAAUUGGAAAAUUCCAAAAAUACUGUUGUGGAGUGAGAAAAUGGGGAAAAUUGUGCGGAAUUUGUGCGAAAAAGUCAGUAAUUAAUUCACGAUGAUUUAUAAUGAAACUUAAUUAGAUGGAAUCCAACAGGCACUGGUGUUAAUUAACUCGGGUAGAAGUGGGGAAAUACUGUUGAUGAUCAGAAACAAGGAGUAGCUGAUAAUUCGUGCUGUGUGGUGACGAAAUUGUAAUCGCGAUGGGGUGUGAACUGACUAAACUGGUGGCGUCGGGAUCGCAGAAUCCGAGCGGACGGGAGAGCCCACCGCCCCCGCCGGCUACGGAUUCACGGCUACCACUUACUGCCAGGCAAAAGUACACAGUCAUGGCUAGUUGGAAAGCUGUUGCGAGGGCUAUGGAGCCCACUGGAGUUUAUAUGUUCGUCAAGCUCUUUGAGGACAAUGCCGAUCUGCUCAAUUUAUUUACGAAAUUCCGGGAGCUGAAGACUAAGGAGGAGCAAACGAACAGCACAGCACUGGCUGAGCAUGCAGUCAAGGUCAUGCAGACCCUCGACGAGGGCAUCAAGGGCCUUGACAAUAUGGAUGAAUUUUUCGCUUAUCUGCAUCAGGUGGGGGCCUCGCAUACGAAAAUUCCUGGAUUCAACAGAUGCUUUUUUUGGAAAAUCGAGGCGCCAUUUUUGGAAGCGGUUUCCCGAACCCUGGGCGAUCGUUACACCGACAACGUAGAGACAAUCUACAAGCUGACGAUAAAAUUCAUAAUCGAGACCCUGAUAGACGGCUACGACAAAGCCUCCAACAACACCAAGUCCUAGUCCCCCACCUGAUAAUCAAUGUUCCACGAAAGAGAACGAGGGAAAAAAAUCAGAUGUCACCCUUCACCGGAGGUGUGCCACCAACCGAGGACAAAGCCUCCAAUGAAUUGAGAGUCCCUGAUCUGCAAUUUCCGGUGACUCCAGCACCCGAAUCGUGGAGGCAUAAGUCCAAGGACACGGAGAAGUCGAACUCCUCCAAACCCCAAAAAAAAAACAAUUUCGCAUGAAAAAAAAACUGACAAAUUCAUAGUCAAUUCCACUUAAUCGUUCACCAUCUCGACAGUUGUGUGGCUGAAGAAAUCCUCGUGAUUCCUAAAAAAACUAACCGAGAUGAACCCAAUCUAGCCAAAUAUGUGUUACUAAAAGUUAAUUAAGAGACAAUGACUGUGUGCGUGUUAUCAAUUACUUCGUCUCACAAAAAAAAAUCUCCACUGAACUAACAUUUCAACCGAAUUAGUGUGAAGACAAGUGGAAGUCGAGAUAAGAAUGCUCCGCAGAGAGAAAAAUAGGCAAGAGUUAUGGGAAUGAAAAAUUUAAGUGAAGAAAAAAACAUACGCGAGUCAACUCUCGCGCAACCACGAUGUCAAUUUCUUAUGAGGUCUUUGAACUAGAACCCCUCCCCCCCCAUUCCCCUUUUUUUCGCCUAUCCACUUCACUGCCCCCUCCGCCGCUCAUUCAUCAACUUUUUUCCCCUCUUCCCCUAGGCAAAAAUGUCACGAAUUCCAUAGAUUCUCAUUCUCAUAUCUCCAGUUCGUUUUAAUAUUUAUUGGAAGAGGGGUUAGAACGAACUGACGUAUGUAACAUUCAAGGGAUUAUCGUUCAUUUCACAUAUGAAUAUUUCGUGACACGAGAUGUGCAGUAUUUUUUUAUAUUCCUUUUUUUUCGUUGAUGUUCAAUCACAGAAAUAUUCCGAGUAAGAAUUUUCUACUGGGCCAUUGAUUGUCGCCAAGUGGAUGUGAAGAAUAUGAAGAAAACUAUAAAUAUGGAAGAAAAACUAAUGAUGGGGAGAUAAGGGUUUUAAGGAUCGGCUCCGUUAUCUGCCGAACGUCAUCUACAUUGUGUUUUUUAUUCGAUUUUUAUUUCGAAAUUUCAACUCAAUGGGCCGUCACACAGACACCCCCGAAAAGUAUGAAUUUGGAUUG